AUGAGUGCCUCGAAGGCGCAGUCUCAAAAGAUCUUUGAGAAGAUCAAGCUGAAGCCCGCAAACAAGGUAUGCUUCGACUGCGGCAGUAAGAACCCGACAUGGUCCUCAGUUCCAUUCGGUAUUUACUUGUGCCUUGAUUGCUCGGCACACCACCGUAACCUCGGUGUGCACAUCUCCUUUGUCCGAUCAACAAACCUCGACCAAUGGCAAUGGGAACAGCUGCGGGUGAUGAAGGUUGGCGGUAAUGAGUCCGCAACCAAGUAUUUCCAAUCACACGGUGGUUCCGCUGCGCUGGCGAGUAAGGACACCAAGGUCAAGUACACUUGCAAUGCGGCAGUCAAGUACAAGGAGGAACUCAAGAGGCGCGCCGCGCUGGAUGCGCAACAAUACCCCGACGAAGUCGUAAUUACAGAUCUCCCGGCUGGCACUCCCUCAGAUGGAUCAAGCACCCCUGCUGGCGACGCCGACGACGACUUCUUUUCCUCCUGGGACAAACCCUCGAUCAAGCGUCCGAGCAAUCCCCCAUCGCGCACUAGCACGCCCCCCGUUGUCAGUCGCACCGGCUCUCCUUUCCUCAACGCCGGAACCGGUGCCAAUGGAUCUCGCUCGAAAUCUCCCCUGUCUGCUUCUGAAGAGAAGAGCGCCUCUCCCGCGCCAACUGCUAUUCGACCAACCAGUGUGACUCGGAAGACUUCUACAGCUACAUCUGCGAAGAAGGGCAGCCUUCUUGGUGCUAAGAAGACACCCAAGCUCGGGGCUAAGAAACUCGGUGCCGCAGAUAUCAUUGAUUUCGACGAAGCGGAGCGCAAGGCCAAGGAAGAGGCCGAGCGCAUUGAAAAGCUUGGCUAUGACCCUGAGGCCGAGCAGGCGGAAGCUGAUGCCAAGAAGGCGGCGACUGCUGCCGCUGCCACCCCGAUUGCCUCUCCCAUCCCAGUCAGCCCUGCUGGCAAGUCUCAUGAGCGUAACACAAGUGAUGUUGAGCGGCUAGGCAUGGGCAUGAACAGACUCGGCUUCGGCCAGGUUUCGAAGCCCCCUGCCCCCAAGAAGCCCGGCUUUGGUUCCAUUGGUCCUGCCAAGCCCAACCCUGCUGAUGAAGCGGAACUUGCCCAGACCAGGACCCGUUUUGGCACUCAAAAGGGUAUAUCAUCUGAUGAGUUCUUCGGGCGGGAUCGAUUCGAUCCUGCCGCUCAGUCGGAGGCUAAGGAACGUCUCCGCCAAUUUGAUAGCGCCACCUCCAUCUCCAGCAACUCCUACUUCGGCCGGCCCGAAGACGAGAUCAGUUCGCUUGACGACGGUUACGGUGAUAUGGAGGUUGCUGCUAAGGACUUCAUCCGCCGAUUUGGUAUCACUGCUGGAGACGAUCUGGAGAACUUGUCGCAGCUUGUAGGCGAAGGUGCUACUAAGCUACAAGGUGCUAUCCGUAACUACCUGAACAACUAG